AUGAUUUGCCAACAAACCGGGUGGUCUGGCCAACCUGUCAAGGCCCACGAUUCCACCGGAGACCCAGCCCUUCGCUUGAAACCCGUCGAAGACCACCGUCGUUUGCGUGUCACCUUUAACGGCUCCGUGUCCGACAUCCUCCCUUGGAAGUUCACGCCGCAGCAACGGGAAGUUCGGGUUCUUCCUGGCGAGACGGCCCUCGCUUUCUACACGGCCACGAAUAAAGGAGACGCAGAUAUCAUCGGCGUGGCUACAUAUUCCGUCACACCGGCACAGGUGGCGCCGUACUUUAGCAAGAUCCAGUGUUUUUGCUUUGAAGAGCAGAGGUUGAACGCCGGCGAGACGGUUGACAUGCCAGUGUUCUUCUUUAUCGACCCGGAAUUUGCCAAGGAUCCUCAGAUGAGAGGCAUCGACACCAUCACACUCAGCUAUACGUUCUUCAAAGCAAAAUACGACAAGAACGGAGUGUUGACUACCAUACCCAUGGCCAUGGCAGGGGCAUAA